AUGUCUCCCGAGCCGCCGUCGGAACCCUCCGGCUCCGGUGUCUCGUCGGCCACGGAGCCGCUGGCCUCUCAAGUAGAGAGUUAUCUCAAGGAAGUAAACAAGGGUGUCGAUGAAGGCGCGAAUUCGAAUGCCUCCCAGCAGUCCGACCCGCCGCUUUGGCAAGGAGACUUCACCUUUGAAAGCGGACCUACGGGAAGUGAUGCCGCUGAUUCUCAGCAACCAAAAGGGACUGCCUUUUCCUUUCCCGACUUUUCUGCAACCCAGGAGGACACGUUUAUGGGUGACGGCUCGCUCAUAGGGCUAGGCUAUUCGGAGACGUUGCCGCCCCUUGAAGUCCAAGAAGACCUCAAUAACACAUUCUUCCUCGUUCCAUAUCACUUCAUCCCAAUCAUACAUUCUGGAAGGUACUACCGGUCAUUUUAUGCAGGGCCGUUGCGAAAAACGCCCAUGAGCCUGCAGUAUGCCAUAUGGGCCAUGGCCGCCAACGGGCAUGCCAGAUAUGACCAGUAUUCCCAAGUGUUUAAUCAACGAGCUCGUCAGUAUAUCGAGGCUGAUGAGAUGAAGGACCACGGGGAGCAUUUCAUCACAAUUGCUCAUGCUCAGGCCCUGUGCCUGGUCGCUGCUUUCGAGGCCAAAUGUAUGCUCUUUACGAGAGCCUCUACAAGCUGCGCCAAAGCUGUGCGACUGUGCCAAAUGAUGGGCUUGGACCGGCUUGACGGUGCGCGCGAUGAUUUGCCUCCGGCGCUCGGUCCGCAUUCAACGUGGGAGGAGCUGGAGGAAAGGAGGAGAGUGUUUUGGGGCGCCUUUGCCAUCGACUCUCAUGCCAGUAUAUCCACAGGUUGGCCGGCAUUAAUAAAUCCCGAUGAUGUAAUGACGCGUCUACCUGCGUCAGAAGAAGCCUUUUCCUCUGGCAAGGAGGAAGUUAGUCCAUUUCUGGACGAGAUUUUCUCCGGAGCAUCCUUCAGCUCCUUUGCCGGUACACUCGUCGUGUGCUCGAUUUGCCGAGUAAUUCUCAAACACGUGCACCGAUCCAAGCCUACCGACAACCCCGAGGAUGUGAUGGAGGGCCCGUUUUGGAAGAGGCACCGUGAUCUAGAUAAUCAGUUAUCAAGCAUCUUCAUGUUUCUACCUGCGAGAUUCCGCCUACCGAGGGCGUUGAGAGAUCCAGCGGCUAUUCAUAUGAACCUCAACCUGCACGCCGCUGUCAUCAUUCUUCAUCACGCAGCUUUAGAGAAAGCAAACCUUCACGAUCUAGGUGAAAAUGUAAAGCGAACAAGCCUCUGUCGACUGAGGACGUCGGCAGAGGAGAUUGUGAACAUUGUAAAAAUGUCGUCUCAUUCUACCUCUAUCUUUGCAAUGGAGGCGAUUGGUCGAAAUCACGAAGUCACUUGCGCUUUUCUUCAGCAAGCCUGUUCGGAUAUUGAAAGGAACGGGCUCGCAUCCGUGCUGGGGUUCCCGAACUUGGAAAAGUACCGCUCAAUCUUUGGCGGCGCCAACAACUCCAAUAUUCCAUUAAUCUCGCGCAGUUCGAUAUCGAAACAUUCCAAAGUGAUGCCUGUUCUGCCCGGAAGGCUCCCACUGAACAACCCACAGGGCAAAAUUCUGCCAGGCCAUUUAAAACUAGACAAGGGCCUCCCCCCAUUAACGUCGAGAGGGCCCGAACCUGUCGUGAGGGAGCUUAUCAAUUCCGAUUGUUUCCAGCCGAUUCUCGGUGCAGUAACUCGGAAUGUCGGCGCUGGACCAAGAGACAGAACGGAACACAAGAGAAAGAGGAUGUCUCCGAGUGCAAGCCCCUCUGUCGGACUCGUGGGUACCACGAUGCACGGCCAGGCGGAUGAGACGCCAGGCAAUGGAAAUCAGGCAACCGCGUUUGGCGCUGCCCCUGGAGUCGAUAUGCGGAAUCCGCUGGGAGAUGCAUCUUUCAUCUUGCCAGACCGGACGAACUCGUCAACGUCUUCACCAGCUUAUCGCGCAGGCGGCUCAGAUCCUCUAUCAGGAAGUAGUCACACCUCGCCGCCUGGGCUGGGCAACACUCCCGAAGAGAACAGGUUCGAUCUCAGGGUCUUCCAGGAAAGAAUGUUCCCUCAGAUGUGGCAAGCCGCGCAAAUGCAAUCUAUGCAGGACACGUUGUUCACCUCAUCCGUCACGGAAGCAUUGUUCACAAUGGCUGGCAUUGACGAAACAACGGCGGGCUGGGAGUCUUGGAACGAGUCCGCGGCGUGGCAGACGGAUAUGUCUGGGUCUUGA